CAAGUCAUGAUAAAGGAGACAAAGUCAAAGUCAUUGGAAAUCGAGAUAAAAUGAAACGACUGCAAAGGAAGCAUGGCGGCUGGGAUGAUAAUAUGUCAGAGGUCAUAGGUCAGAUUGCGACAGUUUCUGUUGUUGACAAGGACGGUGAUGUUGGUGUAACGUUUGAUGAUGGAAAUGGUUUUGUUUUUCACCCAGCCUGUCUUAUACCAGUACAAAAAUGUGACGGUGAUGGUGGAUCUGAUACUGAAGAAGAUAGUGACGACGAAGAUGUUGACGAUAAACUUGUACCUGUUCCUAGUGAUGGUGAAGAGAGUGAGGAAGAUGGUGAAGACGUGAAUCUCAUGCAAGCAUUGGCUGGUCUCUUGCUCCUCGAGGCUCUUAGUAGUCAAACUGACCCUAAUGAAGAACAGACAUUUCUGUCAGCCAUUGCUCAAGGAGAUGUGGUCAACGUAGAACAGAUGUUGAGCCGUAAUCCCAACCUGAAAGACCUAAAACACAACAAUAUUCCUUGUUUAUUACUGGCUGCAUACCAUGGUCACGUGACAGUACUAAAAGCAUUACUAGAUGCUGGUGCUGCUAUUGACGUCACAGACGACAAAGGAAGCUCAGCGUUGAUUAUUGCUAUAUCAGCAGAUAAAGGUGAUGCCGCAAAAUGUUUAAUUACAAGAGGUGUGGAUAUUAAAACUGUAAACAAACAUGGCCGCACACCUGUGCAUACAGCCGCUAUCAAGAAUAUGACGUCAGUCCUGCGGUUGUUACUAGACCAAGGAUGUAAUCCGAAUGCUCAGGAUGUCGCGGGUGAUACACCUCUUCAUGAUGCCAUCAGUGAACGCCAUGAUGAAGCGGCUACUAUUUUGAUACAGCACCCAGAUAUCAACGUGUGGUUACAAAAUAUUAAACAGUUUAACGUCAUGCACCUUGCAUGUGUUAAAGGACACGCACGUGCAGUGGAUGUGCUGUUAAGCAAAGAGCCCAAACUGGUAACCUCUGCCAAGACUGACGGCUUCAUGCCCCUCCAUAUUGCUGCUAUCAAUAACCAUGUCAACGAGGCCAGCAUACUGCUUGUAAAGGGUAGAGCAGACGUUAAUGCUAAGACACUGAACAAAUCCACGCCUCUACACCUCGCAGCAUCACAGGCCUACUUUGAUAUGGUUAAACUCUUACUCACGUACGAAGCUGACUGGUCAGUUAAAGAUGACAAUGGAAAUACUCCAUUGCACGUGUGUAUGAUGGGACGACGUACAAACGAACUGUUUUUGCAGUUGCUUGGUUUAAGAAAUUUGGCGGAAGACAAUGAAAGGAUAAAGAUAGCUAACUUCUUGAUACAACAUGGCGCUAGUAUUAAUGACAGAAACAAAGAUGGACAUACGCCAAUAACCGGAUGUGACGUAGAACAUAUGCGUGACGCUGUAUCCGCCUAUGCAGCAAAUAAUAAACCAACAGUACCUCACAGACCGAAAGCCAGGCCUAGUACAGCUAAGGUUGAACAAGAAAUCUUCACAACUUCAAAGCAGAAGUGCCAUAAAUGUGCGGCAAAUAUAGCCGACGUCCGUUUUCUUCCCUGCAAACAUCAAAUAUCGUGUCACAAAUGCUGCUUCAAAUUUAAGAAAUGCCCUAUCUGCGAGAAGGAGAUAACCAGACGGGUAGAUAAAGAUAACCAUACAGUUGAGAGCAGUUGUGUCAUUUCAUAGAUGAACAAUUGAAGUAAAUCAUAGGGACAUAGCAUGUGACUCGCUUUGUUUUUAGAACAACAGACGCUUUGAAUAUCAUAUUUUCCAGCAACAUUAAACAUGGCGAACUUGUUUUGGGUUGGGUAGCAAAUGACAUUGAGAGAGUUCUAUGUUUACUUAUACCAUAAUCUCACAAUACAUGUUCUUCGUACUCAAAUGCAACUUGUUCAAAUAGAGAUUAAAUGUAAUUACAGGUGUAUCUAAUUUCAAAUAUAUGAUAUUAUGAUUUCUAAAACUGUUUUUUCGACAACAAUAAAUGAAUAUCGCUAAAUAUUAUAUAUGAGUUUGAAAUUCAUGUACAUGAUGGAUACGAAAAACGAAUGAACACGUUCACAUCAGAAUCUACAAAAAAGUGUUUAAGCUUUACAUGAAAACACUAACAAGGUAGAACUUUUACAUGUGUUUCUAGAAAAGCUUCUAAGAACAAUUCCGUGUUGACUUCCUUCUUUAAAAAAUUCUCACUGCGCCUAAGUAUAUUUUGCAUUAUUUUCUUUGCCAACAGUUUUUCCUUGUUUUUCAUUGCUAGUUUCUACUAACUCUACACCAUGUCACACCCGUAGUACACGUAUUGGAACAACAAUGCCCGGUACAACUGCAAUAUGACGUCAUAGCUGGUAUUGCUCUGAACAUGCCAACCAUAAUGCUGUUUAUGUUUUAGAAGUUGAAAGCUGAAAUUGUCUGUUUCAAAACUAAUAUUUAUCAGUUUCAUCAGAUUUGAAUCAGCAAACAUCUUGAUAAAUUUUUCACAAUAAUACAACAAUGAAUAAAUGCGCAGUGGAUGCAGAGACAUUACUUCAGGAACACUAUAGA